AAGAGAUUUAAGUGAUUAACAAAGAUGGGGAGUAUGGAGAGAGUUAAGGUUCCUAUGAGCAUGCUGCUUGUUCAAACAUUCACAACAGGGAUGAUGCUUCUCUCAAAGGUGGUGCUAAGCAAGGGAAUGUUUGUAUUCUCUCUCUUAGCCUAUCGCAAUGCCAUUGGUGUCCUCUUCGUUGCUCCAUUGGCAUUCUCAUUUGAAAGAGAAAUGGGGAGAAAGCUUACUUACAAAGCUCUGAUGUGGAUCUUCAUCAAUGCUAUGUUCGGAGUCACACUGGCAAUGAGUUUGUACUAUUAUGGGCUAAAGGACACAACUGCAGCAUACUCUAGCAAUUUCUUAAAUUUGAUUCCUAUUAUCACCUUUAUUAUCGCAGUAAUUCUUGGGGUGGAGAGACUGAGAAUUAGAAGCUCAGAAGGAAAAAUAAAGCUUGUGGGAGCUCUCUUAUGCGUGGGAGGCGCAGUAGUUUUUGGAGUCUAUAAAGGAAAAAUAUUACACAUCUGGCCUUCACAUCAAAUAAUUACACUGCAAAAUCUCAACAAUUGCAAAAAUACCAAUAUUUUGCGCGGAUCUUUCCUGUUAAUUUGCAGCUGCUUCAGUUAUGCAUUUUGGUUUGUCACACAGGUUAAAUUAUAUAAGGUUUAUCCUUCAAAAUAUUGGGGUACAGUGUGGACAUGCUUUGUAGGAUCUUUACAAACAGCCAUGCUGGGAAUUAUAAUGAACAGAAGAAAGGAGGCUUGGAGACUAAAAUGGGACUUACAACUACUAACAAUCAUCUACUCUGGAAUACUAAAUACAGGAGCUACAUUUUGCUUGAUCUCUUGGGCAGUUUCUCAAAGAGGUCCAACAUACCCCCCUAUGUUUAAUCCUUUAUCAGUAGUAUUUACUACCAUCUUGGAAUCCUUUUUAUUUGGCCAACAAAUCUCAAUUGGAAGCUUAUUAGGGAUGACAAUGAUAUUUGGAGGGCUCUAUGCUUUUCUUUGGGCAAAAAGAAAGGAAAUUCUGAUGAAAGGGAAAACAAGCGAGGGAGAUGGAUCAGUUGCUGUAUUGCCUGUUUCAGAUAAAGAUUAAUAAAUUAUGGGCUUUUAGGGAUUU